AUGUAGGAUAAUUAAGACUUUGAUCCAGACAUUCCUGCUCCACCUAUUUUGGAUUCGCCUAAAUCAUAAGAAUACCAAAAGUUACAAUAAAAGUAUUAGGCAAUCAAGCAAAUAGUGAUGUCAAGUGAAAAUUCAAAGAACCCUUCAGAAGUUUUACAGAAAUUGCAAGCGUUCUUUAAUGGGAGAUUGGGUAAGGUAGAAUCAUAAUCAGAAUAAACCCAGCCUGAAAUGAUAAAGAGUGCUAAUGUUUCGAGGAGAUUCAUUUUUUAGAAACCUGGAACUGCAAACAACUUAAAUUAUACUCAAGAUCUAGAAAAAUAGAAUUCAAUCUUAAAAUAAAGAAUACUUAAAGUUUCUUAAGCAAGGGAGAAUGAUACCAAUUAAAUUUAGCUUGAAUAUAACAAAAUGAAAGUCAGAGUAGAAAAUUUAGAAUCAGAAAAUAAAAAACUAAAAACAGAUUUCUAGAAGUGCUAUACUCAAUUAAAGGAGAUGAAGCAAGAGAAGGAGGAAGAGGAGAAGAUGAAAUGGCAUAGAGAGGCUGUUUCGGACAAAAACCCAUAUUUAAUGGAGGAAUUUCGAAAGAAAUUGGAUGAAAAGGAUAAAGAAAUUAAAAGAUUAUCAAAAAAUCUUAAGAAAUUCACAAUUCUAGAAAAGAAGUUAUGGGUAAAGGAAAAGGCAUUCGAAGUAGAAAGAAGCGAAUAUUUGGAUAGGAUUUUAUAUUUAAGUGGAAGACUUGGAUUAACAAAAUUGGAAUGA